AUGGUUAAUUACAGGAGCAUUGCCUUUGAUAGGCUAAUGAUAAAUGAUAAGGGGGGUGUGAGCUUGAGUAGAAACUUUGGUACUCAGCUUAUUGAAAAAGGUGGUUUUGAUAAUAUUACGUUUAACAAAAGGGAUGUUAGGAACGCCAUAGCUGUUGAACGCCGUAAAACAAUGUUCGAGGAAGGAGAUGCUGCCAGUCUUGAAAAGUAUUUCAAAUCACAACGAGAAUUGAAUAGCGAUUUUUAUAGCUCUAUGCAACAAGAUGAAGAAGGCAUUUUAAAGAAUGCAUUCUGGUCCGACGCGCGUAGCAGAGGAACUUGCAAAUACUUCGGGGAUGUGAUUAGUUUCGACACCACCUUUUCUAGCAAUAGGUAUCGCAUGCCAUUUGCCCCAUUUGUUGGCGUCAACCACCAUGGGAAGUCGAUUGUAUUCGUUGCCGCUUUAAUCUCACAUGAAGAUACUGAAACUUUUGUUUGGGUUUUUGAGGAAUGGUUGAAGUGCAUGGGAAAGCCUUCGAAGGGCAUUUUAACCGAUCAAGACAAGGCAAUCGGUAAGGCAAUAAGCAAAGUUUUCCCAGGUGUUCCACACCGGCUUUGUUUGUGGCACGUGCUACAGAAUGCCUCUCGGAACCUUGGCAAGCUUGCUGAAUGGAAAAGCAUUGAUACACUUAUUAGAACGGCCGUUCAUGAUAUGCUCGAUCCCGCGGAGUUUGACGAGGCAUGGUGUCUUGUGAUGGACACAUAUAAUCAACGUAAGGGGUGGAUGUUGGAUGCGUACGAAAACCGUCGACAUUGGGCACCAGCCUACAAUAGAGGCCAAUUUUGGGCCGGAAUGCAAUGUCAUCUACACAGCGAAGUGAAGGCAGAGGAAGAAAAGGAGGAUAAUUUUGAUUGUAUAGAUAAGCCUCCACAAAUUGAUGUUGACAAGAGUGUGUUAGCCGAGUAA